CUCGACCAAAUCCUGCGCCGAGACUGAUGAUUUUGAUUGGCGAUAUCGUGAUCGUGUUGUUGAUUUGGAUCUGUGUUCUUGUCGCAGUACUGCAAGGAAGUGUUCAAAAGGCUAGACGGUCACAACCCCGUGAGAACAUUCAUUUCAGACUGAGUGCAGACUUGUGAUCCAGUCAGAGAAUCAAUUGUUGUAAUUCAGGUCCUCUGGCAUGGACAAUAAAGUCAACGUCCGGCGUGUCCGUGGCUGGCGAUACAACCGGCAAUGUUAGCUGAGUCAGCCACAUCUGCUGGUGCAACUCGAACUUUUGUCCAUCGCGAACAUCUCGAGCCACACCACAGCGCCCACCAUGUCUCUCACAUUCUUCCGACGCCUUGCGCGGCCCUCGGUCCUCUCCGCAGCCCCAUUCGCCCCGGUGCGAUCAACCCGACCCUCAAUUGCCGCCACCGCGUUCCAGCACAGCACACCGGCUUUCGCAAUCAGCCCAGCACCAGCAUCUCGCGCGAACAAAUGCACAUUAAUACAAGUCCUGCGACAAGGGCGGAUAGCGCAGAAGGCGCGAAAACUCCGAUCGCCACAAUUGAGGGAUAGGCCGGAGCUGAAGGGCGUAUGUCUGAAAGUGGGAACGACGAAGCCGAAGAAACCCAACUCGGGCGAGAGGAAGAUUGCGAGGGUCAGACUGAGUACGGGCAAGGUCAUUACGGCCUAUAUCCCAGGGGAAGGGCACAACGUACAGCAGCAUUCAGUUGUCAUGGUACGAGGUGGCCGCGCGCAAGAUUGCCCUGGUGUCAAGUACCAUUUGGUCAGAGGAGCGUUGGAUCUGGGUGGUGUUGGUAGCCGGAUCACCUCGCGGUCCAAGUACGGAACAAAGAAGCCCAAGACAGCGUAGGCGGAAGCUGCUGUGGAGUGUAUAUGAUUGUACCAUACCCGCAUCAAUGGCGUUGGAAUAUAGAGAACUUGGAAAUGCCAUGUGCAGUCACGCAAGGUGCGUGAUUUGGAAACUCGCGUGAAUCAUGAUGCUCGACCUGUUACAGCAUGCCAGGAAGCCCGUUGUCAUCAAGUAUGCGUUGAAGGUAUACGCUGCUACUUUGUCUGCAGGUUUUCAAAGUACAACAAAUUGUACACCUUCGAGGUCAGCUUUGCCUAGGUAUAGUUUCAGGUGUACAAUUGGAGACACGAGAUCAUUCGUAUCCGACUAGUUUUUAGCACG